AUGGCAUACCUCGAAACGGAGAGGGCUCAGGUUCGCAACGAGCACUUCGGCGAGAUCGACCACAUCGGUAACUGGUUCCUUGAUGAGAUUCUGGAUAUUGGUCUUGAUGCCAUCUAUCGUAUACUUGGUUGCGAAUAUCACGACAUUGCCAUUCUCGGUACGCCUUUCGCUUGGCAAUUGUACACAAUUGGCCGAGAUGAGGAGGCGACUUUAGAAGCCGAGAAAGCGCUGCAGAAGACGAUAGGGACGAACAAGUUUGUCAUCGUUCCAGUAAGCAACGGGUGGAAGAAAAUGCACGCAGGAGAGCAUAAUGAUGGUUUGCUCGGUACACACUGGACCUUGAUGAUCAUUGACUGUCACCAGCCGGUCCUCCAUGCACGACACUAUGACUCUGAUGGCACGUCGAGCAAUUUCGAAGCGGCUAUGGUGCUUCUCCGUGGUUUCAGCAGGAUAUAUGCGGAAACGCGACCAGACUACAAGAUCGACCAAGCCACGCUUGACACUAACCUCCACCGAGAACCACGCUGCCCAAACCAAAAGCUCCACAACAGUAUAUCGUCGAAUGUCAUGAAGACGCUCAGCGUCUAG